GGCAAAGUCCAAAGUAUCAACAUGGCAGGGGAGAACUUUUGUUGCAGAUUUGGUCUUCUGUUCUCCUUAUUUUGCUUCGUACACGUCUCACAGUCUCAGCCAGCAGUGGUUGCCCCCAUAGUUGUAGAAGAACAGCUUCUGUGGUUGGCUGGUACAGCCGGGGUGGGGUACUACCGUAUCCCGCUGCUGUCCUACACUCCGCACGGCAGUCUCAUCGCGGUGUGUGAGGCGAGGAAGGAGGGAUACGCCGACUUCGGACCAAAGUUUCUUGCUAUAAGGAGGUCUACAGAUAAAGGUCUGACAUGGGGGCCCAUGGACUAUGUACUGGACGACGGUUCCUUCUAUGAUGGGAUCUCCCUGGGUGCCAUCGUGGUGGACGAUGAGACCGGGUCUGUCUUCAUCAUGUACAGCCACUGUCCCCACUAUGACCACUGCACCGUGAGCACCACCUACCUUGUGGAGAGUACAGAUGAUGGGAAAACUUGGGGUGCUCCUAGGAACAUCUCUGUACAGGUUGGCACCAUGAUGUUUGCACCAGGACCAGGCUACGGGAUACAGAAAAAAUAUGAGCCCCACGUUGGUCGGCUGAUCGUGUGCGGACACAGUACGUUACGCGGGGACGGCAUGUUCUGUCUGCUGAGCGAUGACCACGGGCAGAACUGGCGCUACGGAGGCAUGCUGAGGGGAAUUCCCUACAACGCAGCCAAGAAGGGUGGAGACUUCAUGCCUGAUGAAUGUCAGCCAAUAGAGCUGCCAGAUGGCACUAUAGAAGUAAACAUCAGGAAUGAGGGAGGAUAUCACUGCAGCUGUCGGAUGAAAGCCCGUAGCAUGGAUGGCGGAGAGACCUUCCCCCUGGAACAUCUGAUAUUUGACGAGGCCUUGAUCGAGCCGGCCGUGGCAGCGGGACUGUACUACAGCAACGAUGUCAUGUACUUCAGCAACCCUGCAUCUACCAACUCAAGGUCUAACCUGACACUGCGCUGGAGUUACGACAGCGGCACGUCGUGGAAGGACGCGCUGCAGGUGUGGGCCCAGCCGUCAGGUUACUCCACCAUGACCAUGCUGAAGUCUGACCCUCAGGACGGAGAGUAUCUCUACAUGCUGUACGAGAAAGGCAGGGUGAACCAGACGUCUUACGAGAUGCUGUCUUUCACUCGCAUUAGUCUCUACGGUUUCAACUGAUGUGGAGAUUGCCUACGUGAAAUCCCAGGAAUUUGUGGUUUAUGUCUUCAGUUUGAGAGCCAUUAGAAUGUAUGUCAGAAUUAUCAUGACAUUACAAGAAUGUACAGAUAUCUCAUGGAUUUUCUUCUUAAAAAUAUUAUUGAAUUGUGACAAGUUUUAAAACGAGUUUAUAGAGAAUGACACAAAAAUUACAUUCUUUUAUUAUUACAUGUAUAACAUGUAUGUAUGCCAGCAACUGUAUAUUUGACAAACAUAUAUGGACAUUACUUAAGCCUAUGUAUCAUUUGAUGAAGCCACUGAGUGCAAUAGUGAAAUCUAACUCUUUAAAUACUUAACUUUGAAUUCUAGUAUAAGAGAUAAGAGACGAUCUUAUGAAAAAAACAUGAUAAUUUGGUUCUGAAGAACAUGAAAGAACAAUUUAUGUAUGCAAUUUUAUUUCUAUUGUGCAAUCUACAAUAAGUUGUGUCCCUAAAUCAAGAUAGUGAUCAUUUGUUGCAAUUACUCAAAAUUCCAUCAAAUAUGUGAAUAAAAUGUACUGUGCCA